CUUCUUCGAAUAAAGUGUCAACCAAGGAGAAGGUUUCAGCAGCUUGGGCCACGGAAUGGAAUGGAGCAUGAAGCUCGAGAAAGCCCUUCGUUCUAAAAACUCAGAUACUUGUCUACAAACUAUGCAUGGCUGAUGAAUCUGAAUUACAUCAGCUCAUAGCUCUUGUUGAGAUGGCAUUCCAAAAUAUUUCUUCAAGAUAAGGCCUUGUGUUGGUGCGGAGCUAUUUGCUCUUAGUUCAAACAGAAGCAAGAGUACUCCUGAUACAAUAUCAGUGGAACAAGGGUUUCAGCUUUCACUGGAUAUUUGUCUUCAGUUGAAAAACAUACAACAACCGCGAGUCCCUCUUCGACUAACCAAACUGUAUUGCCUCCUCUAUACUAAACUAGCUUACCACACUCCAACUCAACAACACGGUGAAACCAAGAGAAACCAAAAGUCUUAUUCCCCUUGGAGAGAUGAACAUCUGGUAGAAAUGAGUAACAAGCUAUUUCAUCAUGCUAUUACAAAGUCUAGUAAGAAGCAGCAAACUUCAGGCCGAUUUGAUUGGAACAACAACAACGGUGUUUCUGCGGUUGUGCAGUUCGAUCCAAGUGAGAGAGGACAAGGGUAUUCGAGCUGUUUGCUAGAUGUGACGCGUUUCCCUGUUGGUUCAUAUCAAUAUAAAAUGGCUUAGCUGUUGCGUUGAUCAACAUGGUUCUUACUGGAAUCUUAUACCUCUCAAUGGCGAACCUGUGUGUACCGUUAAGAAAGGUUCAUGACUAGAAUGUAAAACCAAGUGUGUCACCGAUCCUAGUUUUGACAUGGUGAAAGAUCCAAGGAGGAUCUAGUUUCGGGGCAAGCAUGAAAAGAGAUAGAGAAUGGCUUGGUUGGGGAGUUUAAGACCAAUCUCAAGAUUUGCAGCUGUGAUUGAGUAACCAAUUGGAAUCGAUUUGGGGUCUGGUCAAUCUUUAUGCCAAGGAUUUAGGAACAAUGGACAAUAUAGUUAAUGCUUUUGGUUUUGAGAAUACUUCAUAAGCUGCACAUAAAAAAGAUCUGUAAAGACACCAUAGACACUCUGAGUUGUUUUAUUAUCAAGAGCUUAGGGAGCUUGGGCUCCAAUACGGGAAGCCACUUGGGUUCAAUUCGCGCUGGCCACCGGGGCAUUCACAUUCUCUCUCCGGGGAAAGGGGCAACCCACUUUUUUUACCAAAAAAACUUAGGGACUUUCAUUUAUAGUUGCUUGAUUUUAACGUUACAUUAGUUUUCUUAGGGUGUUCGAACCAAAUUUUUGUGGUUGGUUAUGUUAUGUAACUCAGAUUGUAGACUGAUCCAUGAUCUAGAUAAAUAAGUAAAAAUUUUGUUUGAUUAAUUCAUGAGAUCCGGGGAAUAGCUAAAUUUAACUAACCUAACAUGACCACAGUGUAAUUAGCUGCAUCUGUAAAAAAUAAAGGGAAAUAUUAGUCUGUUUAAAUGGGUCUGAAGAAAAUUUGAUCCUUUUCUUGGAAAAUGAAAAUCUCAUAAUUUCCAGGAAGACCAUGGAACAUGUUGAGCAUCACCCGAUGCCAGUGUACAUUGCAUUUACAUUCUGUCUUUAUUUUCUUGCGAUUAGAAAUCAAAACAAACACCCUUUUUGUCUUAGCUUCAAGAAUAGUCGUUGUGUAACGUUGGUCUUUGUGAAUUCAGUCCCUGAAAUACUAUUGCGGUUCUUAGUGCAUUUGCAUUAUACUUAAAAUGUAAAUUCUGAUCGUAUCAAGUUUUUGGCAUCAAUGAAAGCCAAUUGAGAGGAAAUAAAUUCAGUAGUCAAAAUGAUAUAUGCCUUGAAAUUAAUUUCAUUGAGUGAAAUAAAGCAAAAUUCAUCUGAAUAUACUAAUAAAACUAUUUUUCUACGAAUUAUUAGAAGAUACAUAAAUUUAAUAUAAUUCAAUAGUUUCUAAACAAAUUUCAUAAUAUAAUUGGUUAUACAAAUCCAAUAAAUGUAAGAGCUGCAAAAAUAUAAACCAGAUAAGAGUGAAUAUAUCAGUUAACGAAGCUAACUCUUAAAGCAAAUGCUGAAUUAGCACACGGUAAGAAAGAUGAGAUAUAGAUGCAAACAUAUCAACCUUUUAAACUAUUCUCGCCAUGAACUGAGGAACUCCAUCCGGAGAAAAUUAGCUAAUUGUAGAGCAUGGUUAGGUCUACAUAUUCAAAGCAAAGAAACAUCCGAAAAUUAGAUAACUUAUUUCACUGACGUUAUUUGUUAACUUCGACAACAAGAAAUGAUGUCUAAAAAACUCAAGAAACUAUCACAUGUUACGGCCACAAUCCUUGACUCAAAAGCAUAUUCCAUAUAUGUUGUUAAAUUAUGGUUACUACAAAAAUGAUUGUUUAUUUUUCAACUCUUCAUUUAACAUGUUUUUCGUUAGUUUAUUCAGCUCUCUAUUUAUCGUGCAACGGACAUUAGCUUAUUCCCCCUCAACGACCCUUAAAAACAAACUUUCUUUUGCCUAUUUCAUUGGCCCGGCCAGAAUCUGAGAUUUUUUUCAACAGAACCAUAUCAUAAUCUAGGUAGGAUCUGGGAUUUUGUAUGCUAUAAACAUUUCUUAAGAAUUUUAAUAAAUAAAUAAAUAAAAGACAUCUUUAUAAUUAUAGGAAUAUAUACCUUUUUAUAUAACCUUCAAAAAAUUUGGGAUUCAAAACCAAUGUUUCAUAGCAUAUGCCCAUAUCCGGUCCUGAUCAUAAUCUCAACGAGAAACAAACGCAGAUCGAACCAAAGGAUAGUCCAGAUCGAACUGGAAGUAUAAUAUAUUAAAUGAUGCAUGAUUUUGGAAAAAUUUCGUACUUUAUAACCAAAAAAAACCCCUUAAUCUAAUCCUAGGCAAGAUAAUAAACCUUUUACGCCAGAGAAGCACAAACAGAGGUGGAGAACAACGUGCGCUCCUCUUAACAAAAGUUUUAACAAUAUAUAUCAUUCUCUCUGCAUGCAUCUUCUUCACAACCAAUCUCUCUCUCUCAAGAAAAGACAAAUAAAAAACAAAAGAAAAAAACAAAAUGAGACUACAUUGCUUUGUUUGCUUGUUACUAUUUCUCCUCACAGUUUCAAUGAAGUUUAAAGAGACAUUAUCCUUCAGAAGAAGAGAUAUGACAAAGCUUUCAGAAUACCAAGACAAGAUCCAAGAAAGACUCGCGAUCACUCCUACUCUCCCACCAUUGUCAUCUUCUUCUCACAUUCCCAAAAUAGUGGGGAAGGUGAUAUACCCGAUUGGUUACGGAGCUGAUCCGACAGGUAGACAAGACAGUAGUGACGCAAUACUUGAAGCUUUAACCGACGCUUUUAAGUUGCAAACCGGGCUUCACAUGAUGCCACAUGUAGCUGAUUUAGGAGGUAUAGUUAUUGAUCUCCAAGGUGGCAAUUACAAGAUUGGGAAACCUCUCAGGUUCCCUUCCUCCGGCGGUGGAAAUCUAGUGGUAAAAGGUGGGACUUUCCGAGCAUCGAACGUGUUUCCUGGUAACCGGCAUCUUAUCGAACUCGUCCCACCAAACUACGGGAUCUUCUUCGAGGACGUGACUUUUCGAGACAUUCUAUUCGACUCAAGCUUCAGAGGAGGGGGAAUUUUGGUAAUCAACUCAGCUCGUAUCCGUAUAACCAAUUGCUACUUCCUCCAUUUCACAACACAGGGGGUUAACGUCAAGGGAGGCCACGAGACAUACAUUUCAAACUCCUUCUUCGGACAACAUUCAACAGUAGGGGGAGACAAAAAAGAACCAUCAUUCUCCGGGACGGGAAUCGAUCUCUCUAGCACCGAUAACGCCAUUACUGAUGUAGUAAUCUUCUCCGCUGGGAUCGGUAUCUCUUUGAGUGGCGAGGCCAAUAUGGUCACGGGAGUGCAUUGCUACAAUAAGGCCACAUGGUUCGGUGGAAUCGGCAUACCAGUGAAGUCACAUUUAACGAGGAUAGACAAUUGUUAUCUUGAUUACACAGGUAUAGUCAUUGAAGAUCCUGUUCACGUUCAUGUCACAAACGCUCUCUUCAUAGGAGAUGCGAACAUCGUGUUGAGAUCGGUACACGGGAAGAUCUCCGGGUUAAACAUCGUCAACAACAUGUUUAGGAGUAAAUCAAGAAAAAAUUUCCCCAUCGUGAAAGUGAAAGGAAAUUUUCAUGAGAUUGAUCAAGUUGUGAUUGAUCAGAACAACAUAUCAGGGAUGAUGUUGAAGUCAACGAUAGGGAAGUCAAAGGUUUAUGGUAAUGGGACAAGAUGGGUCGUUGACUUUUCACAUGUCUUGGUAUUCCCUAACCGGAUAAACCAUUACCAGCAUUCGUUUUUGGUUCGGUCGGGACAGAUUGUUGCGAGUGCAGUGACAGAGGUUUCUAAUAAUGUGGUAGUUGUAGAAACUGAUAGAGCUGUAGCUGGAACUAUUUCAGUAAUUGUUCAUCAGUAAAACAUUCAUGCUGAUCGUUGUCCUAAUGAGAAAGCUUGCUUGGAAGAUUUUGCGUUGAACAAACCAUCAUCGUCUUGAGACAUGAAUUGAUAAAGUCAUAAACUUUUUUGAUCUCUUCAUUGUCUUAUCUUUGAUAAGCUUAACUGUUUUCAAAGAUAAAGAGUGAACUUAUAUCAAUCAGAGUAUGUAGACAAGAAGAUUAAAAAGUAAAUACGGCAACGUUACAAGCUCAUUAAAAAGUAAAUACAUGACACCGGAAGAGAGGAAACUUCUCUUUAACCGAUCAUCAUCGAAAACGACGACGACUGCAGUAGAUCUGUCUCAGAUUCAAUUUUUUUAAAUCUAUAUUUAUAGACCUAGUUGCGGAAACAAUAAUUACCAGAUCCAUAAGAUCUCAGAGAAAGAUGAAGAAUAAAAUGAAGAAGAUAGAUGAAGAAGAUAGAUAAAAAAGAUGAAGAAUAAAGAUAACAUAGACCCUUAUUUUACUGUUGUAACAUUAGACUAGUGAUGACAUGGCAAAUCCGAGUUGAAGACAUGGAAAAUUAGUUAGUCAGCCGUCAAACGAAUAUAUAACUCAACCUAAAUAAAUCAGCCCUCAUGUACAAUGUAAGUCAGCCGAAACGUGGAUACAAUUUCAGUAAUUAAUUUUUUACUAAUAAAUCAGCCGUAAUUAGGAUGCAAAAUCAUAAGUCAGCCGUAUCGUCAAAUAAAUCAGCCAUCAAACGAAUGUUAUUCUAGUAAUUAAUCUUUCUCUAAUAAGUCAGUCGUAAAUAAGCUGAGUUUACUGUUAAUCCAUCCAAUUAUAGCUGACUAAUAUAACUCAGCCGUAACAACAUCCCAUAAGUCGGUCGUAAAUUCAAUAACUCAGCCAGUCGAUGUUCAUUAACUCAGCCGUGGAAAAUAACUCAGCCAUGUCUUAACUAUAACUCAACCAAAUUUUCCAGAAAUCAAAUCGCCGAUGUAUAAGUCAGCCGUAACGCGUGUACGUAAGUCAGUCGUUAUCCCAUAAAUCAGCCAGAUUUCUGUAAAUCAGUCGUAACUAACAGCUGACUUAUGUUCUUAAGUCAGCUGUUUUUUCUUAAGUCAGCCGCGUUGUUUAAUUCAGCCGCAACAUAGCAAUAACUCAGCCGUAACGACGUAUAUAGCGCUUUACGGCUAACUUAAUGAAAACAUGGAUGGCGCCGGAUUUUUGCUUAUGUGGCACUAAAUAGUAAUGGUAUUCUUGUAAAUACGUUUUUUCUCAUAACAUAAAAAAGAGCACGUUUGGUAUAAAAAAAUAACAGUAAUAAAAAAAAAUUUGUAUGGUUUUAGUCAAUUGUUUUCUAAAAAUAUGUAAUGUUUGAGUAAACUUUCUUUUUUUUAAAGUAAACUAGGAUAGUAUCCGCGCUUUGAAAGCGCGAAAUUAUUAUGUGUUAGACAAAUUUAGUAACAUGUAUGUUUUGUUCACUAAAUUGUUUAGGCAUAGACGUUUGUUUUUUUGUUUACUUUCGGAUUAUUUUUUGUUUUCAGUUUGAUUCUGAUUUAGUUGUGGUUUUGGGUUCAAAAAAUAUAAGAGCCAUUUAGUUAUUUAUGAAUUAUGAUUUGGUAUCAAAUUAGUUAUCUUGGUUUGGUUUGGUUCAAAUAACAGUGUUAGAAACCGAUAUAAUUUUUGGAUCUAUUCAAGAAUAGGAUAUGAAAUUUUCGAUUUUGAUUCUGAUCUAGGUAACUACAUUUUUAGUGGUUCGAAAAAAAAUUUUACGCACUUAUAUGGGCAAUAUUUGGUUUUGUAUUUUCUUGAUGUUUUGUCGGGUUCAUCAAAGGGAUUAGUAGAAUUUGUAUGAUAGUGUUAUUAUCUUCCUCAGGCGCUCCAAGUUAACUUUGAUAAAAAGAAAAGUUAAAAUUCAUCAUUUAACUAAAAAAUGAGUUAAAAGCG